AUGACCAAUAGUGCUGACAAAGUCUUGUGGGCAGUUUUAGGUCAAAACAACGUCUUGUUGGGCUGGCCUCGCGAUAUCACCACAGUGGACUUUGUAUCGUCCAUCGCCCGCUGUAAUCAUGACGCGCCACGUUGGCGGCCGCUCAUCUUUUUUCUACCAAUUUUUUUUUGUUCUCCGCUCCGAUAGCUUUUUCGCAGUUUUCUUUGGUUUCUAAUCGUCCAUUUUCUCGUGAGAGAUGGAAGAUAUGGGUUCAAGUUGGAAACUUUUUUGAUGGGGCCAUCCAGAAAACUUUGAACAGAGUUCAUUUGGCCAAUGUUCAAAAAUUGAAUCCGUUAGGAAUAGGUUCAGUCUUUAUUUAGGAUGCUUCCUUUCGCAAAGCAAAAAUAAGAAUAAAUCAAGUUAAAAAAAUGGGUUUUUUUCGUUGUCGUGGUGAAAAAUCACAACAUUGUGAGCUUUUUUCAGAUUUCCACAAAAAGAAAAUGAAAAAUUAGCUCUGAAAAUUACUAUAAUGCCAAUCUGAAAAUUUACUUAUUUUUAAACUUUUUAUGAGACUUUUUGGGUUCUUUCGGCUAUGUUUUGCACAUUUUGAAGUCUCUGGAACUUUCAGAAAAUGACCUGAGCAGUCUCUUUCCAAAUACCUUUCAGCUUUUGUCAAACGCUUCAUUUCCAACGCAAAUUUUCCCAUCGCCAACUUAUAUUCACCUUUCAGGGAACAUGUUGAGCUCUGCUUCCACGACGUUUGCUCGGAGCUUCUCGGCGACGGCCGUUAGGAAUAAAGUGAACAACGUCACGGUUAUUGGCGCCGGCCUUAUGGGCUCCGGAAUUGCUCAGGUUAGAAAACCAGAGCGUAGGAUUUUUUUUGCGAUAUAGCGUGAAUGAGACGCCAUUUCCGGCGUCAUUUUAAGAUUAUUCAAACUAACUGUGUGGUUUAACGUUUUCUGCAGAUAGUGGCGAAUGAAAACUUCUCGCACCAGGGUUUCCUUGUUCCUUGAUCUCUUGGAAAAGUUGUAGUUAAUAGACAAAAAUCAAAAAAAAAAGACAGAAUGAAAUGAUUCAAAAUAAAAAAAAACAAAAAAUUGAAAAAAACAAUAGAAACCCUGCAGGUUUCCGCAAACGCCAAGCUAAACGUCGUUCUGGUGGAUAGCAACGAAGGAGCUUUGAAAAAAGCCCACAGCAGCAUUGAAAGCAGCAUCAAAAGAGUGGCAAAGAAGCUGCACGCAGAUGAUGCGAAGGUAAGCAAGAAGAUUUAUGAAGAAGACAAAUUUUCUCUCUAUUCAGGCUCAGGAAAAAUUGGUCGCUGAGACCAUUGGCAAAAUCAACACUUCAACAAACGUUGGAGAUUCUGUGAAGAAUGCGGAUCUUGUCAUUGAAGCCAUUGUAGAGAAUAUUGAAAUCAAGAGGAAGCUUUUCGCUCAAGUUGAGGAAGCUGCUAGGAAGUUGGUUUUUGAAACAGUGAUGAUUGUUUGAAAUGAACAAUCUAUUGAAUAUGAAGCGGAAUCAAGCUUCAAGGAUUUUUAUAGUUCAUCCAAGUCUGGGUUGGAAAAAAAAGUCGUGAAACAGAAAAGGACCAUUUCAAUCAUUUUUUACAGCUCAUUUAUCUUGACGAGAUUGAACCUUUUUUCAUUGAGAUAACAGGAUUUUUGAGUUUUCUAAAUUUUUUUUCUAAAGAAUUAAAAAUUUCCAAGAGGCUUAUUGGAAGACGUUAAAUUAGGCUCAGGAAUAAGGAUUCUUUAGAGAGGACAAAAGGACGAUAACAAAUUCGAAAGACUAAAUAACUAUUCUUCAUCAUUUUACCGUUUCAAGUUCACAAAACUCAGACAGUUCCUCGAACCAGAAAUGAACCGACUGCCAUAAAACUUCCUCCCAAGAAAUAAGGCGUUAAUGUUUCCAGAGAUACGCUCAUCACAACAAACACCUCUUCUCUCCGAUUGGAAGACAUCGGGAAGAACCUCAAGGACAAAACCCGUUUCGGUGGCCUUCACUUUUUUAACCCCGUUCCGGUCAUGAAAUUGCUUGAGGUAGUACAAAAUUAGUUACAGAGUUUAAUCGAAAGUGGCAAUCUCAGGUCGUAAGACACACGGAAACUUCGGACAAGACCUUCAACGAACUUGUCGACUAUGGAAAGUCUGUGGGAAAAAUCACGGUCGCCUGCAAGGUUCGUACAGAAAACGAAAAGGGGAAGUGAAUUUUGACGGCGUUUUCCGAGAAUUUGGUGGAAAUGGGAACAGGAAAGUUUCUGAAACUAUUUCCAACGUUUUUGGACUUUUUUCAAGUUGUUGUUUGUGUUUCGGAACUCGUUAACCGCUUAAAGUUUGCGGGAAAGUUUUGAAAAUGAAACAGGAAAGUGAAUUUUAGCAAGUUUUUUGGAACUAGGUCAUAACUUUGUGUCUUCACCGAAAAAGGGAAUGAAAACUGAAACAGGCAAAUGAAGUUUGAAAGUUUCGCCCACUUUUUUGAGUGCCUUUCGUAUUGGUAUUCUGUUUUUGAAAGAAAUGUUUAUAGUCAUAAUUUCAUAUUUCAACGCAACCAAGUUAUUAGUAAACUACGGUAAGUAGAAUGAGGAUAAUAACUGUGGCGUGUGAAAUACGUAUUAAAAUGGCCCUUGCAGAAACUGAAAAUUAUGAGUUUCCAGUAACAUGAACUGAAACGGGAAAUUAUUUUUGUCUUUUUUUAGUUUUAUGUCAGGGGAAACGGUAGUUGCGUGCAAAGUUGGUAUUAUCGAAAAGUAAUCUUUUCCCGAAGAAGACAGGAAAUGAAACGGGAAAGUUAGGUUGAAGGACAUGGUCUUUUUUUUCCCUCAAUUUUCACGACGUCAUACUUUUAUUUUUAACGACCUUGAUUUUAUGGAAAGUCUGUGGCAUGUUGUGUUGGUAUUAAAACUGAUGCGAUUACUUUGUAGAUAAAAAAGGGAAUUGGAAGCCGAAUUGUAUUCCUACAGUAAUAUUUCAGGCUUCAAAACCUUUUGCGUGAUUUUUGAAAAAAUUGUUGGAAAAGUUGUUUUCGGGAAGGAUUAUCUUAUGACAAGGUGGAACAAGGAAGUUUGUUUCUUUUGAAGCCAUUUUGUCAUUUGUCACAAUAUCAAAGAUUGUUUUCUUUGAUACAAGGCGCUUUUAAAUGAGAAGGUUGAAGCUAAAAGAGUUAUCGAGCGUACUUAUAAUGUAAAGUACGUCGCUGGAGCCAAUGGAGAAGCUUGAAUUUUCAAAGUGAUCCGAAGUCACCCUGUCUUCCAUUUUUCACAACAUUACUGUUUCAGGACACUCCCGGCUUCAUUGUGAACCGUCUUCUGGUGCCCUACAUGUUCGAAGCUCUACGUCUUCACGAACGAGGCGACGCCUCCAUGAAAGACAUCGACAUUGCCAUGAAACUUGGAGCCGGUUAUCCAAUGGGACCCUUCGAACUUGGUGAUUAUGUCGGCCUCGACACGUGCAAGUUCAUCAUGGACGGUUCGUUUUUCGAGAUUUUUGCAGGGGAAAAAUUCCAGGCUUUGACAGAGCUUCAUAGAGAAGGCUCAAAAUUUCAUUCAAUGUAUCUAAUUUUUUUUUCAUCCUGAAAAUUGACUCCCCUAUAUCGACAUCGCCAGUUUAUGGCAUGAAGAAUGGCUCAGACGUUGCGGUCGCAUAACAGUAGACCAAAUGAAAAGUUCAAACUCACCUCCAUGUGCAUCCCAGCUCACAAAGAAGUCAUUGGAGAAUCGGAGAAGCUUUGCUUUCAAUUAUGAGCAAGUAGCUUGAAGUCGGGUAGUAGGAAGAAUGAACUCCAGUCGGCUAGGAAUGAGUCCCAUUACUUCUAAUUAGGAACUCGACAAGGAAGGUCACUAUACUGAGAAGAUUAGAAAUCAGACUUUGUUAUUCAAGUUUUAGAUGAGUAAUCUAAAUUAGUCAGCUUAAUUGAAAGUUGUUUUGCUGCAUCUCAGUAAAGGUAAUUUUUUUGCUCCUUGAUGCUUACAGAUAAUGUUGUCUAAGCUAUUUAGUGUUUUAGAUAUGAUUCUAAGGUGUCGGGAUUUUGAAAAUUACUAAUUGAUGAAGUUUUAGGGAAGAGAAACUCAAUUAUUUUGUCAAGUUACCACUUAUUACGCGCGUAAAACGAUCUUCGAGCGUUGCCAGGAAUUACUAAAGUGCAAAACGAAAUGCCCUUUCGAGUGAGACAGCAAAACAACUUCUAAUUAAGCUUCUUACUAAUUAGCUGACGGCACAUUUGUCAUCAAAAUCUCGGACAACAAAGCGUGAUUUCUAAUAUCUAUGAGUCAAUGUCAUCCUCAAGUAAUUGAUACUAAUAAUGAAAGCCUUUGUUUGAGAACAAAAGCUUUGCUUUCGUAUUCACCAGGGGAUACAAAAGAAGAAACUACAAAUUGGCGGAUGUUUUCCUGUUUCUGCAAAUUGUGAUCUUUCUCACGAAAGGUCGUAUUAUCAGGUAGAAAGGAAAGCGUUGGGAAUAACAUGUUAUUGAGGAAGAGAAGAGCUCAGAAUGUCAAUGCACAUAAUUUGAUUGUAAAAACUAUCGCCUAGCAACCUAAGGAUGUAUACUUUUCUAUUUUUGCAGGCUGGCACAAGCAGUACCCUGAUGAGCCGGCAUUCAGUCCAAGCCCACUGCUCAACAAACUUGUCGACGCGGGGAAAACCGGCCGCAAGUCCGGAGAGGGUUUCUACAAGUACUAA